GGGCUGAACCGCCGCCAUGCGCCGCCGAGGGCCGACCUGCUGGGUGCUGCUGCUGGCCCUGGUCCUCUGCCGCUUGCGCCCGGCGCGUCCCCGGAACGUGCUGCUGAUCCUCGCGGAUGACGGAGGCUUUGAGAGUGGUACCUACAACAACAGUGCCAUCAGCACCCCCCACCUGGACGCCUUGGCCCGCCGCAGCCUGGUCUUCCGCAAUGCCUUCACUUCCGUCAGCAGCUGCUCUCCCAGCCGGGCCAGUCUGCUCACUGGCCUGCCCCAGCAUCAGAACGGGAUGUACGGCCUGCACCAGGGUGUCCACCACUUCACCUCCUUCGACGAGGUGCAGAGUCUGCCAAGGCUGCUUGGCCAAGCCGGCAUUCGCACAGGCAUCAUUGGGAAGAAGCAUGUGGGGCCCGAGACGGUGUACCCGUUCGAAUUUGCGCACACGGAGGAGAACGGCUCCAUCCUCCAGGUGGGGCGGAACAUCACCAACAUUCGGCUGCUGGUCCGGAAGUUCCUGCAGACUCAGGAUGACAGGCCCUUCUUCCUCUACGUCGCCUUCCACGACCCCCACCGCUGUGGGCACUCCCAGCCCCAGUAUGGGACCUUCUGUGAGAAGUUUGGCAACGGGGAGAGCGGCAUGGGGCAGAUCCCAGACUGGACUCCGCAGACCUACGACCCGCAGGACGUGCUGGUGCCUUAUUUCGUCCCUGACACUCCUGCAGCCCGAGCGGACCUGGCUGCUCAGUACACCACCAUCGGCCGCAUGGACCAAGGGGUCGGACUCGUGCUCCAGGAGCUGCACGGAGCAGGUGCCCUGAAUGACACCCUGGUGAUCUUCACAUCCGACAACGGGAUCCCCUUCCCCAGCGGCAGGACCAACCUGUACUGGCCGGGCACGGCUGAACCCUUGCUGGUGUCGUCCCCAGAACACAUGAAACGCUGGGGCCAGGUCAGCGAGGCCUACGUGAGUCUCUUAGAUCUCACGCCCACCAUCUUGGACUGGUUCUCCAUCCCUUACCCGAGCUAUGCCAUCUUUGGCUCAAAGACUGUCCGGCUCACGGGCCGAUCCCUCCUGCCGGUGCUGGAGGCAGAGCCCCUCUGGAGCACCGUCUUUGGCAGCCAGAGUCACCACGAGGUCACCAUGGCCUACCCCAUGCGCUCCGUGCACCACCAGACCUUCCACCUCGUGCACAACCUCAAUUUCAAGAUGCCCUUUCCCAUCGACCAGGACUUCUACGUGUCGCCCACCUUCCAGGACCUCCUGAACCGCACUGUGGCCGGCCGCCCCACCGGCUGGUAUAAGGAUCUCCACCGUUACUACUACCGGGAGCGUUGGGAGCUGUAUGACAGGAGCCAGGACCCCCACGAGACCCGGAACCUGGCUGCCAACCCCCACUAUGCGCAGGUUCUUGAACUGCUGCAGACCGAGCUGGCCAAGUGGCAGUGGGAGACCCAUGACCCCUGGGUGUGUGCUCCCGAUGGCGUCCUGGAGGAGAGGCUCUCCCCCCAGUGCCGGCCACUCCACAAUGAGCUGUGAGCCUCCCUGG